AUGUUCCGCAACUUGCCGACGUUCAAGUCGCUCCCGCAGGCCAUCGGCCUCCCCUUUCUCAGUUCCGCAGAGGACGCCCAGGUCCAGUUCAAGGCUGGCGAUAACGGCUUGAAACGCCUCAGUGGAGAGGAUGUCAUUCCUAUCAGCGAAGAGUCGUACUGGUCCCAGUACUGGACGCUGUUUAGCAGUGCAUCGGAUGUGAACAGCUUGAUCUCUGCCCAAGAUGUCCGCCAGGCGCUGUCGGCCAACCCGGACAAUGUGGCCAACCUGAUCACUGUCCUCUCGCACCACCUGUUCAUGCUCCUUCCCUCACCCGCUUUCCCCGGCCCGAGCACCGACGAAGCGCUCAACUGCCUCCGUGUUCUCGGCCGUGUCCUGGUGGUGGUGUACGAGAUGGAAGACCCCACAUGGGCCAACACCAACCUGUGGGCGCGCAAGCCGCGUGGGUCCGUCGACUUGCGUGAUUUCCCCGGAUCGCGCCAUGACGAACCUCCAGCCGACCUGGCCAUCGAGGACGACCAGUUCACCCUUGGGGACGACGAUGACGAGGAUGCAGACGAGGGCGCGCGUGCGUUCAAGGCCAGCGUCGGGCGUUCACGCAAGGCCAGUGCCGCGACCCAGAAGAGCCAGGCAGAGGAGAACGGCGGCGACACCGACGAGAACGGCACCCUCCGCGACCCACUCGCCAACCCGGGUCCUGCGGCCGAGGCUGACGAGGAGCAAAACGUCGCCAAGCACGAGGACCUGGUGCCGUCGCUGGCCGAGCGCCUGUUUUCGUGCACCGUCGACCUCUUGUUUUGUGCUGGAUUCAGCGUUCCCGAGUCGGUUCGCGGCGAGGACCACGACGGCGACAAGGUCAACUACGUCAUCUGGGAGAAGGGUGUCGGCAGCACCGUGUCGAUUGGCUCGACCUCGGAGCUCGACCGCAACAAGGUCGAGGUCCUGCGCUUCCUCCUCAUUCUGCUCAGUACCACCAUGUACAUUUCGCCAGGAGCCCUGCAGAGCACGCCCAACCCGCUCCUCGAGCACCUCACCCACGACCUCGAGCGCCGUCUGGUGCUCUCGCUCCUGUGUUCGCUCCUCAACACGUCGGUCGGCAGCCCCAAGACGGGCACCAGCGCAAUGCCGUACAACCACCUCGUGUUCCGCGCGUCCGACGAGCGCCGCUCCCUGGUCCGCAUGUGUCUCAUGACUCUCCUCGUCGCCCUCGACUACCGCAGCUUUGACAGCAUCCCCCAAACACCCGGAACACCAGGUGUGGCGGAGGCAAAGGACGAGAAUGCGUUCCGUUUCUUUGUCUCCAAGCUCCACCGCAAGGACGAUUUCGCGUUUGUCCUCGGCGGCAUCAUUGGUAUCCUCGAGGAACACCUUGCUGUUAGCAACAACUACCUCCCCGGAAGCAAGAAGCCGGUCCCGUACCUUCUCGAGGCGUUUAUGCUUCUCUGGCGCCUGGUGGACCUUAACAAGCGCUUCCGCGCCUACGUCUUUGAGUCGGGCAAGGCUAUCGACAUUAUCGGUUACGUCCUCAUCUGCUGUCUCGAAUUCAAGGGCGACCCUUCGCAGCAUGGUUUCCUCCGUCUGCUCUCGUACCUGCUCCAGACCCUCUCUGCGGACCAGGCGUUUGGCUCUGCCAUCAACCAGCCUCUCCGUCAGGCCGUGCCGGCCAAGUGGGCCGUCCAGGGAAGUGCCGCCGACUUUAUGAUUGUGUCCAUCUACUCGAUCGCCACCACGCCAGGACUGAACCAGCUUUUCCCUGCGCUCACCAUCGCCAUCACCAACGCGGCACCACACCUCCGUCAUAUCGGCGUGCAAGCGUCGACCCGCCUCUUGCAGCUGUUCAAGGCGUUCUCUGCCCCCAAUUUCCUUCUCGCAGACGAGGGCCACCCUCGUCUCGUCUACUACCUCCUCGAGACGUUCAACUCGAUCCUGUACUACCAGCUCAACGAGAACCCCAACGUCGUGUACUCGAUCCUCCAGAGCCAUCAGGACUUUCAAAAGCUCGCGACCUUCACCCUUCUUUCGGGCCUGCGCGAGAUCCAGCGCAAAAAAGCGCUGCGCGAAGAACGUGCCGCUGCUGCUGCCGCUGCGGCGGCGCCUGCUCGCCCGGGUCUCGUUCGCUCCAACUCGGAGCUUGCUAUGCUCGCCGAAAAGGCCGCCCUCCUUGGCCGCGAAAUUGACGAUGACGAGGACGACCACAUCGCCUCCCCUCCCACGGCUGGCGGAUCGGCACCGUCUACUCCCACCGUCGACGCACCACCGGCCGCUACCCCAUCGUCGACUGAGGAGCCUCCUCGCCCCUUGUCCGAAAAGGCCCGUGGCAAGAUGCGUGCCACAGAGUCGACCACCUCGCUCCCGCUCGAGGAUGACGAGGAGGAGCUCAUGAAGGUCGCAGCGGCCGGUGUCGGACCCACAGGCUACGUGCCCACACAGGAAUGGGUCUCGUCGUGGCAAAAGGGUCUGCCUCUGGACCCCGUUCUUGUUGCCAUCUCGGAGCUUCUCCCCAAGAUCCAAGACUCGCAACCACCCAGGACCGGCGGACCCUCGUCCAAGGUCUUCAACCUCCUCAAGGGCAUGUCGCUGGGCGACGCCCUGCCCCCCGCCCCACCUGUCGUCCCGCGCAAGUUCCAAUGGAGCCCCCAGAGCUGCGUCUGGCUCACAAGUUUGCUCUGGGGCGACAUUUACGUCGCUGGCCUCGCGCAGGGUUUGUGGAAGGACACGACCGUCAGGCUCUUUGGCGUCAAGCAGGCGCCUGCCAAGGGUCGUCCGGCCCAGGUCGACCGCAUGCUCAAGAUGAUUGGUGUCGUGUAG